AUGCUCUCCGACCGGAGGCCUUCUUUUUCACACGAGAAUGAGGUGACUCCACUUAUUGUGGAAUCGACAUCAGCUCGAAGCAGAGGCAUUACAUCUUCUCCGACCAGCCAUCAUCAGUUCCAGGUCAUUAUUCUGGUCGUCGCUUUUGCUGGGCUAGCGACAUCUCAGCUACUGUUUGGACUCGCCUACCUCUUUCCAAAGCCAACAUCAAUUGCAUUCCGCACUCUUAAGAAUGUCUGUCCACCUAUUAUGCGCUCGAUGAUGUCACUACAGGUCGUGGCAGAGAAGCAAGGCAAGUCUCAUGUUCUCUUUCGACUCGGUUGUGCAAUGCUUUGCUGCAAUGUUGAGCGCCCCAGCCCUGCCCUCGAUCUUUUCAGCUACCGUAACCCUGUCUCCUGGCCUCGUAUUCCUCUUCAUUGCCGGUAUCCAGUUCAUAUGUGCUGUGAUCAUUCUGUAAAUGGCCCAAGAACUAACUAA